AAGCAAAAAUGUUUUCUUCUCUCCCCGUUAUUUUUGUUCAGCCAUGUGGUCGCUAUAGUUCCGAUCGGAAAAAUUAAAUUCUCCCAUUAUUGGAUAUAAACUUUCUGCAGAGCAUAAAUUUUAAACGUGACCUUGGAAAAUGGAAGAUGAGCGUUUUCAAUCUUUGGUUAAAGAUCCGAGAUGUAGGGACAUUCCAAAAAAUGUUCAAAAAGUUAAAAUUGAUAAAAGAUUUCAAAAAUUGUUGAGGCAUAAACAAUUUAAAGGAAAUAAUAGAAUUGAUGAACGUGGUCGUGUUGUUAACUUUUCAAAUUCUGAAAAGCUGAAGAAACUAUAUAAUUUAAAGGAUUCAAGUGAAGAAGAAUCUUCAGAAAAUUCUGAAAAUGAACAGGAAGAUACAAAAGGAAAAAAAGCAUCUCCUUUGAAAAUUAAAAAAGAUGAAAAGUCAAAAAAAGAUAAGCCAUUUGAUGUAUUGGAAACUGAAGGAAAAAAUUUGCAGGGUAAAAAAUCAAAACAUUUGAAAGAAGAGAAAACAAUAACUCCAAAACUAAUUCGUGAUUUGCCUGAAAAUGCUGUAAGCUCGAAUAAUAUUACAGAUUCAAGUGAAGAAGACGAUGGAUCAGUUAAUUCAGAAGAUGAAUCACAGAAUUUGAAUAAUAAUUCAGUAACUGCUGAAAGGAAUAAAAAACUUUCUCAAAAACAAAAAGUUAAAAUUGAAAAUCUCAAGUCAAAAAAAUCUGAUGAUUUAUCUGAUGGAAAGUUGUCAAAUGCUUCAGCUGAAGAGGACAGUUCUGAUUCAGAUGACUCGGAUGAUUCAGAUACCACUAAUGACAUUUUUGCUGACCCCGAUGAAUUUGAUCAUAACUGGGAAGAAUGGCAUGAGCAAGCUCCUGAUACAGAUCAAAUAUUUAAAAGACUAGCAGUUUGCAAUAUGGAUUGGGAUAGAAUUCGAGCAGAUGACUUAUUUACUGUUUUCAAUUCAUUCAAGCCAGCUGGUGGUACUGUUAAUUCAAUAAAAAUAUAUCCAUCUGAGUUUGGAUUAAAGCGCAUGGAAACCGAAAGGUUAAAUGGUCCACCAGAAUUAGUAGAGGAGACUUUAGAUCCUGAAGCAGAAGAAAAACUGGACAAGAAAAAAGCCAAGUUUCACAGGGAGAAACUGAGGGAAUAUCAACUUAAAAGGCUACAGUAUUACUAUGCAGUUGUUGAUUGUGAUUCUCCUGAAACAGCAGAUCAUUUGUAUGUGGAGUUAAAUGGUAAAGAAUUUGAAAGUAGUUCAGUACGCUUUGAUUUACGUUUCAUUCCAGAUGAUACGACUUUUGACCAUGAGCCAGUUAGUGAAGCUUAUAAAGUUCCUGAUCCAUCUGAGUAUAGACCAAGAUAUUUUGUAAGCACAGCACUUGGUCAAGCUAAAGUGGACCUUACAUGGGAUGAAACUGAUCCUCAGAGACAAGAAGUUCUAGAGAGAGCUUUUAAAGAGCCAGACAACAUUGAAAAAGACAUUAAAGAUUAUUUAGCUUCAUCAUCAGGUGAAAGUGAAGAGGAACAGGCAGAUAACUUCCCAGAAGACAAGAAAAUGAAGUUAAAUGAGCGAAUAUCCAAGUAUAAAGAACUUCUACAGUCAUUAGAAGAAAAAGGAAAGGAAGAGGAAGAAAAAUAUGACAUGGAAAUUUCUUGGCAACCUGAUUUGAAGGAGAAGACUGAAAAACUUGUUAAACAGAAAUUAGAAGAACCCAAAAAUCCAUUUGAUGAAAUGAUUAAGAAGAAAAAGGAAGAGCGUAAAUUAAAAAAGCAGCAAAAGAAUGCAGUCAAUAAAGAUAAAGAAGGUUCUAAUUCAGAAUCUGAUGAAAAUUAUUCUGAUGCUUCUACAGAUGAAAAACCAGCCAAAGAAGAAAGUAAAAAAUUAGAUGAAUUGUACUUAAUAUCCGAUUCAAAGAAAGUAUUAGAUCAAACCCAAGAAAAAUCUUCUAAAAAGAAGAAAAAGAAAAACAAGCAAAAGAAGGAUGAACCUGAAAGACCACAAGAUUUCAAGUUUGUCGAAGAUGAACGAUUUUCAGCAAUUUAUACCUCUCCGGAAUUUAAUUUGGACCCCUCAGAUCCUCACUUUAAAAAAACAGAAGGAAAUUUAGCAUUUAUUCAAGAAAAGCAGCGAAGAUUGAAAAAUAAAGGACCAUCUAUAGAUAACAACAGAAAAAACAAAAAAGCAAAAUAUUGGUGAUAGAUUUUAUAUUAUUCAUAUUGUAUCAUAUGUGAAUAAAUUAUUAUUUUUAUUAGAGCA